GGCAUUGUCGUGUCCAUUUCUGAAGUGUUCAAGACCGAAUUACCCUCAAGUUAUAGUGUUUUCCGCGAUUCGAAGUAGUUUCAGACUUCAUUUUUCAGUCGUAAUGUGCCCAAUUGAAAAAUUCAAAGAAUCAGAGAAUAGCUAAUUGAAGAACAUGAAAAUCGUUGAAAUUGCUAUGAAUUCAUGGUUUUUUUGUAUUGAAGAAUCAGAAUUUCAUUUUUUGACCAAAUCCCAAAAACAAAUAUUAACAAUUCUAGAAUAUGUCUACUGAAUCUCAAGUUGUUCCAUCUGGUACUUCGCAAAACUUAUUGAACGAUAAGUGGGAUGUUGUCUUGUCCAACACUUUGAUCAAGACCGGUUUAGGUUUCGGUGGAGGUGUAUUGGCAUCCAUAUUGUUGUUCAAGAGAAGAUCAUUCCCAGUUUGGUUGGGUAUUGGUUUUGGCUUGGGUAGAGGCUACUCUGAAGGAGAUGCUAUUUUCAGAUCCAACCACGGCUUGAGAACUGUGAAAGCAUAAAGUAGUAUUGUCUACGUUACCAUAUUUCCUAUAGCCACAGCAUGUUUCACAUUAAGCCAACGUAAUCAUGCCUCCCAUCUGAUCCAUAAUAGAUACACCGUAUAAUUAUUUAUUCUUUGAAGUUCGUGAUUUCAGAACGAAGCCAGAUCUUCAAGAACAUGCUAUUGUCAAAAACAACCGUUCACUUUCAUUCUAGAUUUAGCAUAAACAUAAGUUAUCUUAUAUAUACUAAAUUGUUGUGGGAGAUCAUUUCAUGGUUUACCCUUUAUCUUAAAAUAUAAACAGUAUACG